AUGCGCGCGUAUACUACUGCCUAUGUUGAUUCCUGUACUCACUGUCAUACUUCUAAGUCUCUGAGCCAGACACCUGCAGGCCUUCUUCAACAGUUGCUCAUCCCUUCUCGUCGCUGGGCAUACGUGAGUCUCGACUUUAUCACGGAUCUUCCCCUUACAAAGACAGGGCACGACUGGAUUCUCGUGAUGGUCGACUCCCUCAGCAAGAUUGCUCAUUUCGUUCCUGCAAAGAAGCCAUUCACAGCAGCAGACACCGUGGAGCUUCUCGCAGACCGUCUUAUCCGCCACCAUGGAUUCCCAGAGGUGCUCAUAUCGGACCGCGACCCCCGCUUCCAGUCGGGCCUCUAG